AUGCAGGCCAACACUAGAAAUACAGCGUCCACCCUCCCCAUCAUCGGACCCAGCCAGCACCGAAAAAUUCGUCAAGCAACAUUUAUUCGUCCGGCCCAAAUGAGUUUAUUCGCUCGAGUGACAUGCUACCCGCCGCUGGGACAAGUCACUAGCUUGCAAAGGGCGCACAAAGCAUGCCAAUCCGAGGAAGACGAUACUGUGCGAUUUACAGUGGUCAUUGAGUCCAGCACCUCUCUCCCAACGCAAUCAUGGGAAGCACAGAUCUGGCAUAACAUCACAAGUUCUGAAUGGACCGCCCUUCCGCUUCAAAAAUGUGAUUCGUCGAGAGCACCAUUGUUAAAUGGAAGUGAUGCUGAAUAUAAUUACUACCGCUAUGUGUUUUCAGAAGAAAUCCAAAUUCCGGAUUCUGGUGGGCAUACGCAGUUCACGGUGCGCUUUCGGACUAGUCCGGAUACCGAAUGGCAGUGGGCCAACCAACAGCACCCGACCAGUAAUGGCGAGCUUGUAUUUAGCCCCAGGGCUUCAGAUGUUGGCAAGCCAAGAUGGUCUGAUUCGUCCUCGGUCAAUGCAAGGAGGGAGCUGGCCAAGCACAUCGACAACCUGUCCCUUGAGGUGCAGGUUGCAUCGCGGAUCAGCGAAGCGCCGGGAUCUCUUCUAUGGGAAAUCCGUGGAGAUGUAGACCCGGCUCAAGGAGGAGCCUCCGGCAUCAAGAGGUUUACACUCGGCACACCCUCUUCAAUGAUUAGGUAUUUCUCAUUGGUCCGAAUUUGGAGCCCAUGGCUGGGCCCCAGACAUGGCAAGGACAAGUUUAGGCUGGCAGAAGAUGCCAUACUAUGCUCUUUCCUCCAAAAGGACGGAACCAACCUUGUUCUCCUGGCCGUUUCCGGAAUCAACGAUGUCUUGACUGUUUUUCAGUCGGGCGAUGAUGGGGAAAUGGUGGUCAAGGUGCGAAGCGACAAUGCAGAGGUCGCUGAAUUUCAUAUUUUGGCCGCUGCGGCGAAGGACUUCGAGGUUGCCAUGUCCGCCGUGAUAUACGAGUCAAGGAAGGUUGUCAAACCAUUCGAUGCCUUGGCACAUCCGUCUGUGGAGGAACCCCCGGCAUCACCCCCGGGCGACGACGUUGUUGUCCUUGAGAGAGACCCAAAGAUCCAGUGGCUUGCUGAUUGGUUUGACGGCCUGACAUACUGCACUUGGAACGGACUUGGGCAGGACCUGAAUGAGGAAAAGAUUAUUCACGCACUAGACACCUUGAAAGCGCAUGGCAUCAACAUCGUCAAUUUGAUAAUUGACGAUAACUGGCAGAGUCUCGACAACGAGGGUCAAUCCCAGUUCAAGCGGCGCUGGAAACAAUUUGAAGCAAACCCUAAGGCAUUCCCUCGAGGCCUUAAGCAAACAGUGGAAACGAUCCGUCGAUCUCACCCCAAUAUCGGACAUAUCGCAGUGUGGCAUGCCCUGUUGGGCUAUUGGGGAGGUAUUUCUCCCGACGGGGACCUUGCACAAAGAUAUAAAACCAAACAGGUGAAGAUAAAAGAUCCUGCUGCGGGAGGUCCCAUUGCGCAUGAGGUCCCCGACGGAAAAAUCCUUGCCAUCGACCCUGAUGAUGUGCAGCAAUUCUAUGAUGAUUUCUAUAGCUAUCUUACAUCAAUCGGCGUGGACUCCGUCAAAGCGGAUGCCCAAUUCUUUCUUGAUCUCCUCGAGGACCCGGAGGAUCGCAAGAGAUUUAUGACAUCUUAUCAAGAUGCAUGGUCAAUUGCGAUGCUGAAACACUUCAGUAGCCGGGCCAUUUCGUGCAUGUCUUUGAUCCCACAGAUGAUCUUCCAUUCACAACUGCCACCAAACAAGCCAGCGGUUCCGUUGCGUAACUCGGAUGACUUCUUCCCCGAGAUCCCUGCAUCUCAUCCGUGGCAUGUGUUCUGCAACGCGCACAAUGCACUUCUCACUCGCUACCUCAAUGUCUUGCCCGACUGGGAUAUGUUCCAGACCAGUCACCCCUAUGCAUCCUUCCAUGCCGCAGCUCGCUGUGUCUCUGGUGGACCUGUAUACAUCACCGACGAGCCGGGAAAACAUGACUUGACGGUCAUUGAUCAGAUGACGGCACCUACUGUUCAAGGAAAUACCGUGAUCCUGCGUCCAAGUGUCAUCGGUCGCACCAUUGAUAUUUACCAUGAUUACAACGAAGGGCACGUCUUGCGCGUCGGAAGCUACACAGGAUGGGCCAAGACUGGCAGUGGACUUCUGGGUCUUUUCAACAUUCACUCUGCCCAGGCGUCAUGCAUGGUCUCUUUGACGGACUUCCCAGGGAUUUACGACGACGCGGAUGGUCAGUAUAUUAUUCGCGCCCAUACCAGCGGCAAAGUCACAGGACUUAUGCAGCCAUUGGCUCAAGAUUCACUAGUGUCUGUGAUUCUGGAGGAAAAAGGAUGGGAGAUCCUUACCGCGUAUCCGACUCGUCCAUUUAGACUCAGAGGAGGUGGCGGCAGCAACCCUCCUGGUGAAGCCUUCACUCACGUAGCUAUCCUGGGUCUCCUUGGGAAAAUGACUGGAGCUGCUGCUGUGGUGUCGUCGGACAUAUCUAUGACUGAGAACGGCCGCUUGCGCUUCGAUGUUCAUUUGAAGGCACUGGGCACGCUUGGAAUUUACAUCUCUGACCUGCAAGACCGUGGCAUUGCUGAUAACUUCAUGGUCAUGAUCCUCGGCCAGCCAGUGCCCCAGAAAACAGUCUGGAAGGAGGGCGGAGAGAAUGCCAAUGUGUUGGCGAUUGAUGUUCUAGCCGCCUGGAAGGCUAUGAAGCUCGACAGCGGGUGGAGUAACGAAGCCUUUGUUCAGAUUUUUGUCUCCUGA